UCCCUCCCUCUUUUCAACUCUUUCUCUCUCUCUUUGGCCUUCCUAUCUUUCAGUUCCGAGAUGAAUCGGUGCACAGUGUUCGCUGGACUGUGGAUACUCGAAUACCGAUAUCUCGCGAGCGCUCUGCUCCGGGAGUCCCGUUUUUCAAACAUCGCUUUUCAAAGGUUAUAGAAUCGAAGCAGGUGUCGCUCGGAAGUAAUGAUCGAUCUCGCGGAUGUGGGCUCAAGAUUGGCGUCGGCGUCGAAGCCAUUUUCACCGAUUCUCUCAACACGGGAGUGAACGCCAUUGGAAUAAUCGUUCGAGUGCUCCUUCGUCGGAUCCCCUCGGCUCUACGGCUCUGCGCGUUGAUGUAUAAACGCCCGAAUCUAAUCCCGAGAUCCCCAGCAGUGCCGAAAGACCGACCCGCGUCCGUUUCGCUGCUCUCUUUCGUCUCUCAAAAGUGUCCGAGUGCAUGUGCAGUGUUUACACUCGCGUUUCUCCAAUUGCCCGCGUUUGUAGGUAUUCGGGAGACGGAGAAUGAGCGGCGGGCCCCGAGUGCUCGGUACCAGCCGCACCGUACCAGUCGCCAAUUCCUCUGACCGCGCUUAUCAUCUUCCGGAUUCCUUCGACUUCGUCAUCAACAUCUUCACUCUCUUCUGAUCCUUCUUCAACCUCAACGAAUUCGACGAAGACUCUUCUACACCGACUUUCCAGAAGAUUUCUGAGGCUGGACCGCGGGGUCAAUGCGCGUCGAACGUUUUUACGGCUCGACGUUCUUUUGCUCAUCGUUGACUUUUCACCGCUGGUACAACGAUUUUCGAUCUCUCAUUUUUGAACGGAGGCGUGGGAAGUUGGAGGAAAGCGAGCGCUAUUUUUAGCUCCCGGUGAUUCUUUCUCGCUUUUUGUUUACGGGAAUGUCUCUUCGCGGUGGGUUAUAACCGGAGGAUCUUAUUUGAGAAGAUUUCUCCUCGGAUGUGAGCCUCGUCUUGGGGGAAAGUCGGAUGCCGAUCGUAUUUUAAUAAGCGAGCGAGUGUUAAGUGCGUUGGUUCGUCAUCGUUUCGCGGUUUUCCUCCUCCGUUGGGGCAGGUCAUGAGAAACUGGUGGCAUCGGUGCGCGAUGACCUACAUCCGUUCGAUAGCUGGGGCGUGCGAGAAGACUUCACAGACACCGGCACCGAGAAAAUCCCACGGCUGAGGUCGGGUUUUUCGACGGCACGCAACUCCUUUUCCACCGCUGACGGAUAACCUCGAAGCGACUUUAAUCGCGAGGGAAUUUCUGGCGGAGAAGUUCCUCAGGAAGAUUUAAAAUGGGACAAGCCUGGUGCAAAGAAAAAUCCACCAAAGCGCAGGACUCGAAAUCACCUCUCGACAGAGUUUUCCUCCGCUGCGCGCAUCGAAUUUAUCCAGGCUUGAAGGAAGAGGGCUCGGUACUGGGCGGGGCAACUCAGAGAGUAACAAGUUCGGAGAUCGGAUACGCGAGUUCACCGCCACGUGAAGUUCUGACAAGAGGUCAGAGUAUCGAUUCGGUCGACAGACCUUUUCAUCCGAGCGACUGGGUCGACGUUAAUCUCGAAGUUCCGGUAACACCGAGAACAGGUACCGCGAUGACGAACUUGAGUCUCGAGAGGAGCAUCUAUCCACCAGCCGCAACUCUUACUUCUACCAACUUCAGUGGUUCGAACUCGAGAGACUUUACUCCGGUUCCACCACCGAGACGAAAGAAGAAAAAUCGCGGACGACCUCUGCCACCGAAACCCGACGAAGUUACGAAAAGUCACGGUGAUCGUGGCCUGAUUAGGAGCUCCAAAGAUUCGAGACACUCCGCUCACGAGCCUCUUUACUCUUCUGUCAAAUUGCCCAAAAAUUGGCCCAACGACAGAGAAGUUUUUGAGCACAAGGUUAAUGGAACCGGAAGAGUGAUCCCGAGCGUCGUGGUCGCCGCAAGCAAAUCAAAUCGCGAAAAAUCUAGUCGUGAAGGUGAGAGAUUUGGUGAGAAGAAACAUUCGAGACCAAAAAACAGCAGCACAGUGAGUCUGCCGAAUUAUUCGGAGCUCGAGCCCUCCAACGAGGUUGCGUUGGGCGAGGAAGAUGCAGAAUUAAAAAUCCACAAGAUCACAGCCGCCGGCUCGCUUCCGUCAUUGAUAACGAGCGGGGCGUUGGAAGAUUUGAAAAAAAGUGACAACGAGAAGAGGGAAAGGGAGGCUGUGAAACUGGACCGAGGCGAGGACGGGAAAAAAGCUUCGUUCGACGAAGUCGACUUCUUAUUCGACGUGCCAAAUAAUCAAAAUACCUUGAAUUCGAUCCUCGAGCUAAAUGGACCGAAACUCACUUCAACACCGAUUAAAAAUGGCCUCGCUAAUGACUCGAGGUCUCCGACUUUUGGUGGCGGAUGGUUUUUGCACCCGGACAGAGCUCCGGAAUCUCACAAUUCUUCAGGAAUCAACGACUCGGAUAAACACGAGUCAGCAAAAACUUUGUUCUACGAUUGUCAGAAAGAUUCCCGAAGCGAGGUGUUUUUCGAGGCUAAGGAAAGCCUGUUGCAGCAGAGCGAAGAUAAUGGCGAGAAGGAAAAGGAGAUCGAGGGAGGCGUGGACGGAGGGCGAGGGAGACGAAGCCUGGAGAGAACUUUGCCGAACGAGAGCGAGCCGUUGGACGUUUGCGAGGAGAAAGAGCUCCUCCGUGAGGGUGAUUCGAGGAUGGCGAUGCGGUCGGAUUCCGAAGUCAAACUUCUCGGUAGAACGAUAUCCGAGGAAUCGUUGCCUCAGGAAAUGCUGGAGAACGAAGUGGAUUUUUUCGAGGACAAAAGGCCAAUUGAAUCCGCAGAGGAAAAUCAAAAGAAGGAAGAUAAGAAAGUGUCGGUGGAAUCGACGAGGAACGGCGACGACACGAAGACGCCUCCGCCUAGUCCAGAGCCGAAAAUCAAACCACAAAUUUUCGACAACGAUCAUUCGACGCUUUUGAAAGUUUUGCGGGACGAAGCUGAAGGGAGUAAUUUGAGCUCGAUGACGCCGAGCUUGACUGAGUUGGAAGCCGCCUUGUCGGACAUGUUGGACCGAGAAGAAGAUCAACCGUCGAAAGGCGAGCCCUCGGAGAAGGUCCGACCGGAGGCAGUGGCGGUAGAAAAACCGUUGGAGAGCCCGAUCGAGCCGAGAAUCGUUCCACUCGACACCGAGAAGGAAAAAUCCGAUUCGGGAGUCCCCCAGAGCCUGAAAACCAUUUUGGAUGCUCCAGAAAACGUUCCCAAGACAGAAAAAUCGACAGAGAACCCGUCCGAGGAUCCCCCAAUGGUAGAAAUCGAUUUGACCAACGGACACAAACCAGAACCAGAAAAAACCCCGAAAACUGGUUUUCCUCAAGUCGGCAUCGAAAAUCUGCCCCCUUACACGUGUCCUGCAGGCGAACCACCUGAAAAACCGAGCAGGCUUCACCACAACAACAGUCACGAGGAGGCCCAAGAAAACUCAGGAAACAUUCCAACGCCCCCGAGACGAAGGAAUCGUUACAGCGGCUACACUCCGAGCAUUCUCGACCGAAGAUCGUUGGAAAGAACUGCCACGCCUGAAAACCCUUACCCGAACGACAGGCUCAUAUAAAACGAUAUCGAAGUAUCGAUCAAUGCUGAAGCACUGAUGUCGAAAAAACGAACGAAAACGAAAAGCGAAAUUGUACAUGUUUGUACCGAAGGAAAAUAACGUAAAAUUUAAUCGUAAACUUUCCACCAACGCACGUCCGGAAAGUCUUUGUAACUGAAUUUUAUUUCUCUCGUUUAGGAUUAAUGGAAUAUCUAGAUUAAACACAAAUAAUAUAUAACUCGAAAUGAAUUUUCACGAAGCAUUCCUUCCCCAUGGGAAAUCGUGUGGAGCCGAUGAAUAAAACGAAUAUUAAUAGUAAAAAUGCACUAAAUAUUUACGUAAUAAAUGAUGCCAUAGAUAUAUUUCAA